ACCGUGCGCGGAACUUACCGUGUGCGACACUGCACGACCUGCUGCAUCCCUCGGGCUGCAUUUCGCAACACAGGCGCCUUUUCCGCGCGCUCUUGGUCUUCGCCGAGGACGCGUCACUUCAAAGCCGCCUAUAAACAUGCCCCACCCACGGCCUUACCGCGUCGGCUGCCGCCGCCGCGUUUUUCUUUCUCUCUCAUCCAUCUUUUAAUUCCCCCUUUUCCCCCUGUGCAGCGCGGUUGAGGUGUCCUCUGCGGAGAGACAGUUACUGCGCUGCACUUAAUCCCAUAUUUUCCCAUCUCCUACUCUAGAAUCUCUCUUUGCGAGGUCGCUUGAACACCACCCUCCCGCGAUAAAAACGCGGCGCGCGCGACCGGUCGCGCGUAUUCCGAUCUCGUUUGCUCGGCUACUGACAACGUUGCGAUGCCUCCCCAGCCCAGCGGUAAGGCCGUGAAGAAGGCCGGCAAGGCGCAGAAGAACGUGCGCGCCACCGACAAGAAGAAGAAGAAGCGCCGCAGGAAGGAGAGCUUCUCCAUCUAUAUCUACAAGGUGCUGAAGCAGGUGCACCCGGACACUGGAGUCUCCAGCAAGGCCAUGUCUAUCAUGAACAGCUUCGUGAACGACAUCUUCGAGCGCAUCGCCGCGGAGUCGUCCCGUCUGGCUCACUACAACAAGCGCUCGACCAUCACGAGCCGGGAGAUCCAGACUGCCGUGCGUCUGCUGUUGCCCGGCGAGCUGGCCAAACACGCCGUGUCCGAGGGCACCAAAGCCGUCACCAAGUACACCAGCUCCAAGUAGGCGACCGAGCGCUCGUCCGCCCAGCCCACACCCAACGGCUCUUCUCAGAGCCACCCAAAGUGUCUGCAUUGGCAUUGGGAUGUAGUGAGAAUCUCGACAAUUCCGUCCGUUCCCUCUGUUCGACGCUUCCUCGUUUAGGGACAAAAAAAAAAAAAAACCCGACGCGCGCUGUCGGACAACGCGUUCUCAUUGCUCAUUGCGACAGCGCGUGUGUGCUAAAAGUUUUGUAGCAGAAACGCACAGAACGCCAUGCGCUCAGCACAACAACACAAACAAAGCAAGUAUAGGGCGCGUGAGCGGCCACGUUCGCCUGCACUAAUUACCACGGCGCGUGUUUCGCACACCUAGGCUGAUGAGGCGGUCGUUGUUGCACAUUUACGUAAUUCUGAUGUAGCGUAAGCUCUAAAAGCAGGCAGCCCUCAUUCCCCCCCUUGUUUUUUUCACAUUUUAUUUCUUCUUUUUUCGG